UCUUCAAUGUUGUCAUCAACAGGUAGUGACCAAACCAACCACAACACAACCAGUACUUCAUCCUGGUCCUCCUCGUCAUCCCCAUCGCCAUUUUCACAACCCUCCUCCUUCCAAACCCCACAAAGAACCAUGGAAGAGGUUUGGAAAGACUUCAAUCUUGCCUCUCUCACUGAUCCCACCACCCAAAUCAGAUCCUCAUCCUCAUCCUCCACCUCACCACUCCUCCAAAUUAACCUCCCCAAUGGGCCCCACCAGGGCCGCCACCACCACCCAAACUUCAGAAAUAUGACCCUUCAAGACUUCCUUGCCAGACCCUUUGCCCAUGACUCACCAGCAGCAGCAGCCGCCUUGGUCUCCGCCGCUGCAAGCCCUCCCUCUCCUCUUCCUCCAGCCGCCCCAACUCUUCUCAGCCUGAACAAUCCUGGCUCAGAGUUUCAGCUCUUUUAUGCCUCUGACUCCCUCAGGCCUCCGAGCUCCGGCUUCAUUGAUCAACAUCAGGCAAACCAUAAUAACAUUUCUAGCAGUGUUUCUAACUCUUUCAGUGGUUGCCCAUUUGAGAGCUUGGCUACUUCCUCCUUCGGCUUGCCUUCUUUUGGGAAGAGAUCAUUCACUGAAUCUGAUCACAGCAAUUCCGGUGGAGAUCGAAGACAUAAGCGUAUGAUCAAGAACCGAGAUUCUGCUGCUCGAUCUAGGGCUAGAAAGCAGGCUUACACAAAUGAGUUGGAGCUAAAAGUUGCACAUUUGAUGGAAGAGAAUGCAAGACUCAAAGGACAGCUAGAACAGUUAAUUGCAGCAGCGUCUCAACAACCCAAAAGGCACAAUCUUCAUCGAACAUCAACAGCUCCAUUUUGAGAAAUCUUAGUGCCUUGCUUUCUGGUUUGAAGGUCUUCCUUUUGAGUUAAGACUUCAUAGUAGUAGUUCCAAUGUGGGGGGCAUCAAUGUUUUGCGGUAAUAUUAAGGUGGUGAGUGCCUUUUCCUUCUGUAGAUGUUUUAGCGUUUAGAAUAUUAUAACAAUGACUCUCCUGUGUAUCUGGGGAAAAAUAAGUAAUUCCCCAACAUGAAGGUUGUUGUCUCUAUCGUUUUCUUUACUUGUGAUUGCAAUUUUUUCUCUCUUUAUGUACAUACAAAUUACAGUACAAGUCAUCAGAAUAAAUGAAUCUACCUUUAGUGUUCUAA